AUGCUGCAGCUCGGCCUCUCCAAGGUGGAGAAGAAAGUACACAUGGCUGGGAUCAUUAGGCAUUACAAGCUCCUCGAAAUGGUUGCUGAGCAAGGAGUGGAAUUUCAUUCAACUGUACUCAACCUUUGUCGUGCCUAUUCUGAAUUUAGGCCAGUGCAUGGAGAUGGAGAGUGUUUCUACAGGAGCUUCAUAUUUUCCUUGAUCAAGUUCUUCAUAGGCAGGAUACACAUGAGGAACACCGUCUUCUUUCUCGUCUUGCUGUGUUUUGGGUACCGGUCACCACUUUGCAGCCACGAGCCCACUGCCCAUUCUGGUACGCUGUUGCUUACUGGUAUAAGCUGCACAGACAAGUGUUAUGUUGGUCAACUACUGUCCUCAGACGACGGCAGCAAGCUCAAGAUGCUGCUACUCAACCGCGGUUAUCCACGCUAUUUGCCCUCUUCCCUCACUAGGAGUCUAGGACGGAAGCUUGAACUGGUGGCCCCUAGCAUCCCCUCUGAUCUGCAGGAGACUACUGAGGAUAUGAGGACAAGUGGAGAAGCACUAGCAUUCAUUGGAUUUGAGGAACAGGAUACUGUCAAACUGUAG